CACAGUAAUCUAAAUUUUCAAAAACCUCAACUUAAAGUCCCCCAAAAACAGAGCUCUAGGGUUCUUGUCAUCUGCAAUUCCUACUUAUCACACCAAAUCAAUGAAACUUGCGGGCCUAAAAUCUAUCGAGAACGCACACGACGAGUCUGUAUGGGCUGCCACGUGGGUCCCUGCCACCACCAGCCGACCGGCGCUUCUUCUCACCGGAUCUCUUGAUGAGACUGUCAAGCUUUGGAAGCCCGACGAGCUUCACCUUGAGCGCACCAACACCGGACACUGUCUCGGUGUCGUUGCCGUGGCGGCACAUCCCUCAGGAAUCAUAGCUGCGUCCGCCUCGCUUGAUAGUUUCGUUCGAGUUUUUGAUGUCGACACUAAUGCUAGCAUUGCGACUCUCGAAGCUCCCCCAUCGGAAGUGUGGCAAAUGCAGUUCGAUCCCAAGGGUACCACUCUUGCAGUUGCUGGCGGAGGUAGUGCAUCAGUCAAGCUUUGGGACACUGCUACAUGGAAACUGAUUGCGUCCCUAUCGGUUCCUCGUCCAGAAGGACCCAAGCCAUCAGAUAAGAAUAGCAGCAAGAAGUUUGUCUUGUCAGUUUCGUGGAGUCCUGAUGGAAGAAGACUUGCUUGUGGCUCAAUGGAUGGCACUAUUUCUGUUUUUGACGUAGCUCGAGCAAAAUUUCUACACCAUCUAGAAGGCCAUUUCAUGCCUGUGCGCUCUCUCGUAUAUUCUCCUAUAGAUCCUCGGGUGCUCUUCUCUGCAUCAGAUGAUGCUCAUGUGCACAUGUAUGAUGCUGAGGGGAAAAGCAUGAUUACAGCAAUGUCAGGUCAUGCAGGCUGGGUCUUAAGUGUUGAUGCAAGCCCUGAUGGAUCAGCUAUUGCAACAGGCUCUAGUGAUAGAACUGUGAGGUUAUGGGAUCUCAACAUGAGGGCUGCUGUGCAGACAAUGAGUAAUCAUGCAGACCAGGUCUGGGGAGUAGCAUUUCGGCCACCUGGAGGGACUGGUGUCCGAGCUGGUCGCCUUGCUAGUGUAUCAGAUGACAAAAGUAUAUCCCUCUAUGAUUACUCCUGAACAUACAUGGUAUGUUGGGGGUAAGAACAUCAAGCACCUGUUUCUGUUGCAAAAUUCACUGCUGCUUUUUGUGUUAUCUAUCACACAUUUAGAUAAAUGUUUGGCUGCAGAUUCUUUUA